AUGCCACCGCUUCCUGCUGCAGAAGGGUCAAUUGAGGGUUUGCCGGACAAGUUGGGCAGGCCUGGACUGGAUGAUCCUAACUUCAGUACAAAAGCCUUGCAAAAUGCACAGAAACGUUCAUGGCAAGAUCAACUGAACUAUGAACGGAAAUGCGCCUACAGAAAGUGGAUCAGUAUUGUUUCUUCCAACCCUAUGGCAUUUGAGGUGGCGAGGCAACAGAUAUUGUCUGGCCCGAUGGAGUUUGCCAAAGGAGGGUUGGCUGAAUCGAUAGGUGACGCGUUGGGAAACAAGUCAUCAAGUACCCUUCAUUCGAGGGCUGGCCCGUUGCUGAGAUUUUUGAAAUUUUGUGCUGACAGAGACUUGAGGGCUUUUCCAUUGGAAGAGUACAGGGUCUACGACUAUGUCAAGUCGGUUGCUGACACUGCCCCGAGUUAUCCCAGGUCUUUCAUGCUGUCCAUUAGUUUUGCCACACAUGUUUUGGGCUUGCUUGGAGGCCUCGAGGUUUGCAGUUCGAAGAGGAUUGAUGGGGCAGUCAAGUUGCACUAUGAGAAGCGUGCAAAGGUGCGACAACGGCCUCCUCUGACUGCCGAUCAGGUCAGAACCUUGGAAAGGGUUGUCACCAGCUCCAACAAGAGCGUUUACGACCGGGUCAUGGCUGGUUACUUUCUCAUGUUGCUGUAUGGAAGACUGAGAUUUUCUGAUGGCCAACGUAUCACUGGGAUGCGCUUGGAAUUGGUGCACGUUGAUUCAAAGCCUGUCGGGUUUUUGGAAUGUGCUGCUGAGCGUACGAAGACCAGCAUCAGCUUAGAGCGUAAGGUUAGGUACCUUCCGAUUGCCGUUCCUGUCCAGUGCUUGACCGAGCCUGCAUGGCUUCCUGUGUGGGAUAAGUUGCGGGCUGAGCAAGGUUUGAUGGCCUCUGGGAAAUCUGGUGGAAAUUUCCCUGUUAUGCCUUCCCCAGCAGUUGGUGGUGGUUGGUCCCAAGCUCAGCUGAAUGUGACACCAGCAGGUGAGUGGUUGCGGAAUCUCUUGAAGAAUACCGAGACUGUCGGUGACAUCAGGGUUGCAACUCACAGUUGCAAAGCAACCCUUCUAGCAUGGAGCGCCCGUGCCGGUUUUGACCAUGACGUCAGAAGACUGCUUGGGUAUCAUAGCGGAUCAGCUGAUCAGUCCAUGCUGGUGUAUUCACGUGAUGCUAUGUCCCAUCCACUCAGGCUUCUUGUCGACCUCAUAGGCAAGGUGGCUGGUGGCAGCUUUGACCCCGACCUCACGAGGUCAGGCAUGUUUGCCCGUGAGGCAGGCGCUUCACAAGAUGCUGGGGAUGAUAUCGAUUCAUCAAGCUGCGGUUCAGAGGACGAGGAUGACAGAGAUGUUUAUGAAGAAGAACAAGCGAUCGAACAGGCCUUCAAUGCAGAAGGACUCAACACCAUGGGCACUUUUGCUUUUGCUUGCAAUUAUGCUCCGGGGUCGGCGGAUGAACGCCCUUUGACAACCCUGGCGACCAAUAUCCUUGGUGCUUCCCCUUCGACCAAGGAGAUGGCAUGCAUUAGACGUCUUUUCAGUGAGGCAUACUCCACCAUUGCUGCAGAUAUCCGUUCCAAGGUCGAAGCCUCAGAUGAAGCUGCGGUGAAAAAGCUUGCACCAGCUGAGCGCUCUCAAAGGUUGUACGAACAGCAACAAAGGCUUUCUGGAUUGGACAUCAGAGGCAAUUUCGAGUAUUGCCUCAUCAGGCGCGGACUUGCGCUUGACCAGGCCAACAUCAUGUGCUACAAGAAGCAUGAGCGCCUUGCAGAGAAGUUGAUUAAUGCUCGCAUGGAAGAGGUCAAAGCUGUGCUUGGUGCCAAGCGUUUGCUUCUAAUGGAAAGAGUUGCAAAAAGUAUCAACUGGCCAGACACCACACUGUUUCAGGAGAUGGCCCAAGGUUUUCGUUUGGUGGGACAGGGUGAGUGCGUUCCUGCAGGCCGCAGGGUGUGCCUUAGGGCUCUUGUGGACCAGGUGGAGGAGUUGAACCUUGCUUUGAAGGAUAUCCUUAAGUCUGGCGUGGUGGUGCCUAACCAGCUACCUUCUGUCUUGGGAAAACUUCAAUAUGCGGACUCUCACGUGUGGGGGCGAGCUGGCAAGUUGGCCUUGGCUGACUUGAGAGAGCUUGGGCAUACUGUGCAGUCUGUAUUUUUCCUGAUGGGAGCUCUGAAGUUUUCGGCAGCGAAGUUCCGAAGACAGUUUUGGACAUUUGGAGACAGGGUGGGAAGUCCCACGUUAUUGGACUGGUUGAACUUUAUGCUUGCGUGGUGGCCUUGCGUCAUUGGAAGAAAAGGGUAUCUUCCAGGAGGGUCAUCAUGUUUGUGGAUAACUGGCCUGCUUUGGACGUGUUAG